AUGUUGGGAUUUCCAUCGAAAUGUGAAAGAAAAGGACAACAUCAUGCCUGCACUUUGUCACUUGCCUGUUGGAUAGUUGGAGGCUCCAGCCAGUCAGGAUGUGGAGGCAGUCCGUGGAUAGUAGCUUGUUGCGUAACGGGCACAACAGAUUCUAUGCCAGCUGUCAUUCCUUACGAGGAUUACAAUGAUUUGCAAGAAAAUCUAGAAUUUGAAGAUAAUACUGGGCUCACUUUGCAAAAGAGGAUCGACGACUUCUCCCCAUUGUUGGAAGAUAAUUAUGAUCAGUGCGGCAUAUCUUUUGAAAGAGUAUUAUCGAAGCUGUCAAGAAAGUUUGUAGCUACAGCUGCCCACUGUAUUAUAGCUGCAAAUUUAAAAGAUAUUUGGAUAUAUUUAGGAGAACUUGAUACUCAGGACACAGGAUCAGUUAAGGAAUUAGCUCCUGCAGACUUACAUAUGGUCCGCAAAAAGAUCGUUCAUCCGCAAUUCCGAUAUCGAGCCACUCAACCUGAUAGAUUUGAUUUGGCCCUCCUGGAGUUGGCGACCGAAGCCAGCACCCAUUUCCAUAUUUCUCCCAUUUGUUUGCCGGACAAUGACAUGGAGCUGACUGGGAGAGAGGCAGUGGUAGCGGGAUGGGGGAAGAUCAAGAGAAGCAAUGAUUUAUUGGGUACUAAUGUUCUAAGGAGUGCUUCAGUUCCUAUUUUAGAUAUAAAAGAAUGUGUACGGUGGCACAAGCUCAAUAGGAUUUACGUCGAUCUCCACAGCGAGAUGUUGUGUGCUGGGCACGAAAACGGGAAGCAGGACGCCUGUUUAGGGGACUCGGGAGGUCCUUUAAUAAUUCUCGAACGUGGAAGGUGGACUUUAGUGGGCAUUAUCAGUGCCGGCUUCGGCUGCGGUGUGCCCCAUCAACCUGGAAUUUAUCAUAAAAUUCCGGUCACGGCGGAUUGGAUUAGGAACGUUAUAGUCCAAUAA